AUGACAGGGCAGACUAAAAGACGAGGCUCCUACGGAAGACCCUGUGACCUUUGCGCUACUCGAAGAGUUCGAUGCGUGUUUGACAAUGAGGCUGACCGAUGCCGAGUCUGUGUGAACCACAAUGUUCAAUGUACUCAACAUCGAAUUCGAAGGAAAACAGGUCCCAAGAGCAAAGCUAGAGGAUCUUCCAGCUCUGAGAGUAAUGGUGCCUUUCGGGCUCCCACUGAAACGGUUGCUACGCCGAACAAUGCUCAAUUCCCCGAACCAACAGAGAUCAUGACUUUGACAAACCCUUAUUCGUUUCUUAUGGACCCUUAUUGUGCUCGUAUCCCUCUAGAUAAACUCAUAUCAAAUCUCCAGAUCUACCAAACGUGGUUCUACGGGUACUGGCCCAUGCUCUCUGUGGCUGAGAUUAUUCUGAAAGUGACGAGUAGUAAUGUGAUGAGUCAACAUACUACUUCCAUACGGCUUGAUGAGAACAAUGCUUUUUACUACAGUUUAGCAUGCUCUGUUUGCGCUGCUAUCGCUACCCAGAUGACUUUUGUUUCCACCAAGGAUAGAAUCUUCAGUGCGGAUGCAACGUUUCUGGGUUCCGAGUAUGCUGAUGAAGCAAAACGGGUACGUAGUUUGUUUGACUACACAUCUCAUCCGAAUGUCGAAACCCUUCUCUCUUCGUUCUUCCUUUAUGCUCACUACACAAACGUGCAAGGGAAGACAUCUCAGGCAAUCGUGUACCUACGGGAGGCAAUUUCCAUCAGUCAACUUCUUAGCUUUCAUGACCCAAAAACCUACGCCAAAAAGUCCGCAAUAGAGGGCCAUCGCUGGCGAAAAAUAUACUAUACUCUACUUGUGACAGAAAGAUUCGUGUGCUUUGAGGACGCUAUGCCAGUGAUCCUAGAUCCGUGCAUAGAUCUACCACUUCUUGAGAAUGAAGAGUACCCUAGUCUCUUAGCUGGCUUCAUUGAGCUAGCAAAAGUCUUUUCCGUUCCUGAUAAGCAUUUCUUUGAGGAAAUACAUCGUAAAGACGACCAGCAGAGGAUGCAAGCGUUUCGGGAUUAUAUCGAGAACCAGGAGGGCCUCAACAAAAGGAGGUACAUUCUUGAAGUGCAGACCAAACUUCGGCAACCCCUUGAUUCUCUUAAAAAUGCCUCCGACUCUCAGAAGCUCAAUAUCAUACUCUCUCGUUCGUGGAUUCAAGCCAUUGCGUGGCACAUCGCCUUUGAAAAUGGACUCAUGACAAAAAAACCCGAAUUCGAAGUCGAUUGCUUCACAAGAGAGUUCCCCAUUAGUAUCGCCACAGAUUUUCUUGGAGCUACUAAAGAUCUUCCAGCGGUUGCGUUCGAAGCCAAUGGUCCUGGUGUUUGUGUCAAGUUGCUCGAAAUCGCAAAUUCGCUUACAUUCGCCAAACCAUACCCAGAUAAUCCAACGCUACUAGCUGAAUGUCUAAAUACCUUGUUUAAGCUCGUGAAUCAGUUCAAGAAUCAUAUUUUACUUCCUUUGGACGUCUACAAUAAAGUUGCAGCAAAGCUCUCCUCCCUUUACACUACUGUUGACAGGCCGAUGUCGCUUGAAUGUGGGCCGGUAGCGGCGAACAUCCAAGAGCUCUUAGAUGAUGAAGACAAUGACUCAAGUUCAGACCUGGCACCUCCCGGUGACCUCAUAACGAGCACGAUGAGCUCACCAAAAGAAACACCUUUCACUGCACUAUUCAGACAAUUGGAGAGUGGUGAAGUGGUUCACCAGAAGGCCGUCAUGUGUUCGGACCCCCAGCCUACUGAGGUGGAGACGAAAGGGGACACAGGCACAUUUGCCAAGCACCAGUGGAGUUGUGCGUCCCCAUCUUUUGCCAGCUUCAUGCAUCCCCCAUGA